CCUGCCAGCCCUCGAUCAAGAUCAUAGAAUCUAAGCGCCCAAAGCGCUGCUAAAGCCGCCUCACUCGCCCAAAAACACAGAACAUCAGUGCCAGUGCCAGCGAAGGCUGCAGAGUACUUAAGGCCUCCAAAGAGCAAGCGCAGGCUGAGAGCUCAGCUUGGAAUGGGCUUGAGCUCGCAACUGUCAUCAUGAGAGUGCUAUGGUUACUGCUGCUGGCCGCCGUCACCUCGGCCUUCGAGGUCGGCAAGGAGUAUGUGUACGAAUACAAGGGAACCAUGUACGUCCUGAACCCCGAGCAGCGACAUCAACUGACUGGCCUGGGAUUUCGAAGCAAGGUCAUUAUGCAGCCCAAGCCCGAUCACACGCACUUCAAGAUUCUGAACUUUGAAACAGAGACCUUCAACUCGGAGGAGAUCCACCUGAGUCACCACGAGUUCCACUACACGCCGAACGAUCUCCUGCACGACGCUAUCGAACACCCCUUCGCCGGAAAGUUCGACGAAGGAAAGAUCGAGGAGAUUGCGAUCGGAAAGGAUGAACCCCUUUGGUCGAAGAACGUCAAGAAGGGCAUACUGUCGCUCUUCCAACUGGACCUCGUCAAGGGACGUCACGAGCCCCACAGUGAGAAGAAGUACCACGUCAGAGAGGAUGGUCUGCACGGCGCUUGCGAUACCCUGUACGUGGUGCACGAAGAAGACCACGAUUACAUAGAGCUGACAAAGAUCAAGAACCUGGAGAAGUGCGACCACCCCGCCUAUGCCAUCAUAGGCCGGGAAGUGGCCAAGAAGUGCGUCAAGUGCGAGGCGCAGGAAACGCACCCAGCUUCUUCAACAUCGGAAGUUUAUUACGAGCUGAAGGGAACAGCACAGCACUACGUGAUCACGCACGCCUGGGCCGAGUCCGGAUACCUGUUCAAGCCUCACGGCGAGGGCAAGAAGAUUCACGUGAAACUGAAUCGCACCCUGCACCUCCAAGAAGAGCACGAUGCCGUCACAGACACCGCGCUCGGCGAGCACCUCGAGAAGGAGCACUCUCUGGCUCAGGAGUUCGCCACCACCGGCGACCUGACGGACGUCGGGGAGCUCAAAUUCCCCAACGCUAUGUACAAGCACUACGCGGUGCACGCAAACAAGGAAAAAUUCGCUGAAGCCCUGCACCUUCUGGCGGACAUAGAGUACACGGACGAUGAUAUCAAGGAGAUCGACAACAAGCCGAGAGGAAGCGAGACCUUCCUGACCCUGUAUAACUCUUUCGCGAGCUUCGACUACGACGAGAUCAGCUGGGUAUACGAGACCCAGGUGCAAGCUGCACCGGAGGAAAAUAAGGAAAGCAUCCUCCACGCGUUCCUGGAUCUCCUCGCUGCUGCCGGCAUGAACCCUCACAUCACCUUCGGCUUGAACCUGAUCAAGAACAACCAGAUCAGCAAAAUGGACGCUCACCGCUUCUACGGAAAACUCCACCUGAACCUGAAGGAAGUCAGCACUGCCUUGAUCUACGAAAUUGCCGACUCGUGCAAAUCGGAGGCCGUCAAGAGCCAUCCAGGAACUUGGAGCGCCUGCAAGUUCGCCGCCAGCACGAUCGCGAGCGGCAAGGGAUGCAAGCACGCUCACGACGACCAUGAGGAGGAUCACGGCACCUGCAGACCCGAGAUCAUCUCGCACAUCUUUAACUACUCAGUGACACCAGCCGACACACACAACGAACCCCAGUUCGAGAGCACCGUCUUCCUGCGCGUGGCUGGCAACCUGGGCACGCGUAAAGCCAUGCACUACCUGAAGCGCUUCAUCUGCAGUUGCCAACCGGAGCCCAAGAGGAUGGCCGCCCUGUGGGCGCUGAAGCAGGCUUCCAAGAACCAUCCUGAACUGGCACGCGCCAUCGCCUUGCCCGUUUUCUACAACACGAGUGAACCGAGUGAGAUCCGUAUCGCCUCUUUCCUCAUCAUCUUGUUCAGCCACCCAGAGAUGUACCUGCUGCGCCACAUCGCUCUCGAAAUGCUCACGGAGCCUAGUGACCAGGUGGUGUCGUUCGUGUCGAGCGCGUUCCGCACCUUGGCCAAGUCCAAGUAUCCCUGUCAUCGUGAUCUUGCCCAGCACAUGCGCUACGUGCUGCCGGAAUGGGACCAUGACACGAGGUUCAAGAGGCCCGUAGACAGGUCUUCGUCUCACCUGACCAUCUCGUCCACAUAUAGCCCCAAAUACGACUACGGUGGCAUGACGUCUUUGGAGAUGAUCCGCUCGCACGACAGCUACCUGCCCCGGAACUGUUACGUCAUGCUGAGGGACUACAAGGCCGGCCACUCGUUCGACACGCUCACCCUCGAGUUCGAGAGCUGGGGCAUGGACAAGCUGAUAAGCAGCAUGCUGGGCCCACGUCCAGGAUCCUCGAAGAACCUCUGGAACUUCAUGGGCCGUCGCCGUAUCCCACGUGACGCAUCGGCCAAAGAACGAAAGGAGAUCGAGGAUUCCCUCCACAUCGCCGACCGAGAAUACGACCCGUUCUACGCCCGUCUGACCUUGUCCAUCUUUGGGAAGACCACCGACACCUUCAGCAUCGACGAGAGCAUCUUGGCCAAAAUACAAGAGAAAGCUAAACCGGAGGAGGCGGUCCAAUCGUUCCUGGGCAGAGAGGUCAACAAGAAGUAUUUCUACAUGACCAAAGACAUAGCGCUGAUAAUGCCAAGCGAGUUGGGAGUGCCAGUCUUCUUCGACAUGAAGCAAGCCGAGUUUAUCUACGCAAAGAGGGACAAGAUGGCGCUCAACCACGGCGACAAUGCUGAGCUCCACUUGGACGUAAAGCGCCACUACCUAUACGACGUGGCCUCGUACCAGAUGGUGGGCUUCGCGCCGGAGUUCACCAAGCAGGGUUUCGGAACAGGCUACCACGCGAGGACCGCCAUCUCUUGGCCGCUUGACCUCAAGGUGACCUUGGCACCUCUCGAGGGCAAGCUGAACCUGCACCGUCCACUGCACUUGCCCUGGAACGUCCUUAACCACCAGUUCCGGCCCUUCACGUUCGCCGUGCCCUACGACAUCAACGCGGACCCAUCACACGCAAUCACUGAGUUCCCCAAGCUAAUGAAGCCUCUCUACCGACCUGAAGAACUGACCGAGUUCGACCGCCACUACUUCGACGACACCUUCGGCGUCGGUCUGAACGUCAAGGGUCACCUGAUCAAGAGGGGACUGCGUCAGGCCGUGCGCGAGGUGUACCACGACAUGUCGUGCCGGGAGCGCUUCUACUACAUGGCCGUCAACCCGCACUGGCACCCACGCGACAUCAAGAUCUACGCCCUCCCCGCUGCCCAAGAUCCCACCACGGAGCUGGACAUCGACAUUUCGUACAAGUUCUUGGAGCCGGACGACGAACGGCACAGCCACUUCAACGUCCACGACCAAAUCCUGGACGAUCCCGAGGUGCCGUCCACGCACGUGCUGCGACUCGACGUCAACUUCAAGGGCGCCGCCAAGGAGCGCAAGGCCGCGGCCGAGUUGCGAUACUCCUUCAACCAUGACCUCUUCAACCACAAGCUGCAGUUCUUCUACGAGAAGACACCGUUCGGCCACGAUGACACCGAACUGAAGAUCUGUCUGGACGCAUCGGCGAAGUUCCCGCAUCCUGACUGGUCCAUAACUAACAUGGCCACCUUCUACGCUGGAAAAGAAGUCGACGCCCACCUUAACGUCCAUGGAGCCAGCUGCGAAGCAGGCACCUCCAUCACUGUUAACGGCAAGUUCACACACACUGACGAGGACGAACAGCAGCUGGCAGCCGCGGCUGAAGGUAAGGCCGUCGGCAGGGACCGGUUCAGCAGCACCUUCCUCCAUUGGCUCGCCAACAAAUGCCACCAGAAGCAAGAGAAGGGCAUCCCCUUCAGCUACUACUGCUACAGACUGCUCCGUUACUCCAGCCGCCUCGGAAAGUUCACCGCAGAUGUCGAGUGGAAGAACUACAAGCCCCUUCUGCACCGCCUGGCCAAGUACUACGCCAAACGCUACGCGUACAAGCCCUGGAAAGCCGGCUUCCUGGGCGUGCUUGGUUCGUACUUGACGAGCGACCACGGCAAGCUGCACGUCGUCUCGCAAACUCCAUGGUGGCGCUGCGGCGAGAAACCGCACACCAAUAUGAUUGUCACAACCGAGGACGGCCACAGCCACGAGCACUGGGGAGUACCCACGUUCAGCAAGAUCCUCGAGCCGAGGAUUAUUACGGUAGCCGGUUACACGCACGCCGCCGAGUACUCCAAGCUCUACAGGCACAAGUACUGUGACCUGCAGGCCCACAGCGUGCGCACUUUCGACGGCACUCUAAUCGACCUGCCCGAGACGGACUGCUACAAAGUGGUCGCUCGCGACUGCUCGCCCUUUAAGAGGUUCCUCGUCCUUGCUCGUGCCACGAACAACCCUUCGCUCAACAAGGCGCUGAAGGUGUUUAUCGACACGACCAUGGUUGAGAUCCUUCCAUUGGACGACGAGUCCGGCUUGGUGCUGCGAGUGGACGGCAACAAAGUGGACAUCACUCCCGAGCACUCUUACAGCCACACCUCUCACGACGCCGAGCUCUUCAGGGUCAAGAAGGCGGCCACCAAGUGGUUCACGCUGGACUCCGAGUCGUACGGCCUCCAUGUUGGAUUUGGCGGAAACAUGCUCGUUGUCGAGGUCGCUCCGUUCUACCGUGGAAAACUGUGCGGCCUGUGCGGUGACUACAACCUGGACAAGAACCACGAGCUGUCCGGACCCGACGGUCACCAGUACAACAGCACCCUGGAGUUCGCCAAGAGCUACGUGGUUCCCAGCGCUGACUGCCACGCGCCGGCCCACUAACCGUCUUUGGCGGCGCACGACUCGUAUACCUCAUCACGCCAUCUUAAAGACCACAUCUCCCGAAAACUUCCGUGAAAAUAAAAAGAAAUGAAAUAGUAGAGAGCGAAACGUGAAGAAAGUUUAUCGCUGAUAUUUUUUUUUUGUAGAUAACAAACGGUAGCCACAGAGAGUUUCGGAGCCAGCUUUCAAACUUUGAAGCUCUCCGAGAAUGCAACGUCAUUAUUUCAUCUCCAUGCAAAGUGUAAAAAAUGAGACAAUAAACUAGAAAGAAAGUUUCAUACCACGGUC